AUGCCGAAGUCCAACUCCACCAUCGCUGCACCACUGCGGGAAGCACUCGAAGAGUGCUUCCGCCUAGUCCGGCCAGAAUUGCGUCGUCAUACCAUCCUGGUUGGCGGCGCAGCCAGCAUUGCCCACUCCUCGGUCCUUGUGACAGAGGACGUGGAUGUUGCGGCCCCUUCCAGCGCGUUAACUGAUAUCUGGAAGGGUAUUUUGGCCGGCGCCCCCAACCUUUCCUUCGAAUCCGACGGCAAAAUCUCGUUCGAUGCCCCUAGACAAGACAUCCGAAUCCGAGUCGACCUGCUCGAGAUCGGCAACGGGUGCAUCGAACGGAUUCACGUGACGGAACCCUUCUUUGAAGGGUCUGUUGCGUCCGUGUCGGAUUUGUUGAGAUUGCGGGCCGUGACGGUGGUCGAUCGGGGGAGCGAUGGCGAAGUUGAAGACUUUCAAUGGCUAUUGUCGAGGGUGGCGUGCAUGGGUCAAUUACUUCCAGAGCUCGGCGAUGAGGAACUGAAGUGUAUGCGCGGCGCAGGGGAGUCUAGUCUGGGGAAGCUGGAUCGCUUGGUGCUGGGAGCAGUAUUAAGCGUCAAUAAUUGA